AUGACCUAUGUGUACGCAGAUGACGAAGGUCUAUCUUAUCCUCUUACACCGGCGGACCUGGUGUACGGACGGCAUAUAGCAACGACACCGAAUCAACGGUAUUCGAAUGUGUCCAGUACAUACCAAACCUUGACGCGGAGAAUAAGGUACCAUUACAGAUUGCUGCAAAACUUUACCCGACAAUGGCGUAGAGAGUAUCUUUUGGGAUUACGCGAAAGUGCAAGAAAGAAUUCAAGUGUCGGAAGAAAUUCAAGUGAUAUAUCAGUCGGCGAAGUGGUGAUUUUAAAGGACGAUUCUACGGCUCGUUGUUAUUGGAAAUUAGCUAAAAUUACCGAGUUACUUGAAGGCAAAGAUGGAGUAGUUCGAGCAGCGAGGAUUACCGUUCUUACUGCCCCAGGACAUGGGAAAACUACUAUAUUACAGAGACCUAUUCAGCAUCUCAUACCUUUAGAG